UAUAAUUUUGUAUUUACAGGGAUCCAAAAGCUGCCAUUUGACUACAACAAGAUGGGUGAAUAUGAACGGCAGAAAUACCUGUCCAGAGAUUAUCACAACGUGACAGGACCUAAUGCUACAAGAGCAAAUUCUGUAAACGUGGAGGAAGUCAUAGAGUUUCUCAAGUCAGUCACCCCAGAGAACUGUCACAUGUUUCCUCCAGAUGAUCUAUUACUCCAGGGUGACAUUGGCUUUGGGAUGGAGAAGCAGUUUGAGAAUGAAGCUAGGAUGGCACUUCGACUUGCAAACUUUUUAAGUGCAUUCAUGCAGCUCGUGAACCACAAUGAAAUAUUCUCGGGUGUACGUGUGGUUGACCGGCCACUGACAGAAGACCAAAUGAUGGGUGAAGUGUUGUCAAUAAUCUUGGGUAAUAGCAGGGUAG